UUCCCUGUAAGUAUAAUAUAUCAUAUGGGCAGUUGUUUUAUCGAUAGCAAUUAUUCAUUAUAAGAUAUAACAGAUCAAAUAGUAUCAUUGUACCGUGAGAAAAAAAAACAUAUUUAAAUAAUCAUGUGAUAUAAAAUUUCCUUGUUUGUAAUGUGAACAAAAUUAAAGGCAAAAUGAGCGUUAAAAAACUUACAUCUACAUGAUGGCGUUAUCAAAAUCUCUUCAGAGGGGACAAGUUCCGAUGUUCUGCCAGAUGUGUGAGGAAUCUAGUGAGAUCAAAUGGAAAUGUUUACUGUGUAACUUUCUCUUGUGUACAAAAUGUCAGACACUUCAUAAAAAAGUUAAAUCUACUGACCAGCAUACCAUCAUAGACAUUGCGGACAUUGCUUCUCAUCAGCAACAAACUAAGGAUAAACUAGAUUUUAGUAACAUUCCAUGUGGAAUUCAUGCAGGACAAAACUGUUGCUUAUUUUGUCAAUCUUGUGAACGAGUUGUCUGCCCGUUGUGUAUUACAAACAUACAUGAUAAACACAAGAUGAUUGAAUUAGCUAAAGGAUAUGAACUUACCAUAAAAACUGUCAAAACUUUCAAUUCUGAGAUUGACCAGAAAAUAAUGCAAAAUAUGAAAGUAUUAUCUGAACUGGGAAAUUGUAAAUCUUCCGAAAAUAUUAAAUAUGAUUUGGAAGUGCAGAAUAUUCUCAGCCGAGGAAAAGAUUUAAAGGAUGAAGUUGAAAAGCGUACCAAUAAACUUUUGAAAGAACUCCAUCAGAGAAAGGAAGUUUUGAUGAAAACUGUGAAUGAUGCAGAAAAUAAAUCACAGAAGAUUGACAAAGAUUUAGACUUUAGAAAGAAGAAUUUAAGCCAUGCUUUAAAUUCCAAUAAUGCUAACCAAAUGUUCAGCAUACAUUCAGAGGAGAAAACUUCAAGAAAUCAAAGCAUUGAAUAUGUUAAAACUACUUUUAAAAAGUUACCAAAAUUUGUACCAGGAAAACAAGAAGUUGAGGAUUUCUAUCUCGGGUCAUUAGUUGAAAAUGAUGAUGACCAAAAACAAUUUGAAUUAAAAGUGAUAAACCACUAUAAAACAGUGUUUCCACUUGUUGAAAACUUACUCUGCUGUGGAGAUGCAUCAACAUGGAUAAGUCAUUCUAUAAACCAAAAACUACAACAAGUAAAACUGACAAAUGAAUCAUUCCAUAAGAUACACACUUUUAAAAUAGAUAUAUAUAACAUGGCAUUACUGCCAUCAGGUGACAUACUCCUUUCUACAAGGGAAUCUAACCUUAAAAUUCUUUCCUAUAGAACCAUGAAAGUGGAAUCAACACAGUACAGUGUAAAUCCUUUAACAACUCGUGGUGUCCAUGUAACAAGUGAUAAUAAAAUAUUGGUGGGUGCAAGAGAAGACCAAACAAAACCGUACCACGUCAGUGGUCCAAGACAAGUCAUCAUGAUGGAUAUGGAUGGAAAUAAAGAAAAAGUGUACCACAUCGACACCAAAGGGAAACCUAUCUUUACCCUUCCUUAUAGAAUAACUACAGACAAUGACAGUAACAUAUAUGUGAUUGAUAUCCUCAAUGAUGAAGGGAGUGGUAGGAUAGUAGCACUAGAUAAAAUCAAUGGAGUGAGAUGGAUAUACAUCGGCAAUCCAGAUAUAAACCAGAAACAAACUUUGAAACCUAAAGAUUUAGUGGCUACAAAUUCAGACAAUAUUAUAAUUACAAAUAGGCAUAAACACAUGAUUCAUAUCCUCAACACUGCAGGACAGUGCAUUCAUUACCUGAACACUAAGGAUCAGUUAGGUAUCCAUUUUCCAAACUCUGUAGACAUUGACAAUAGAGGUACAUUGUACAUAGGUUGUAAUACAUACCAAGGUCAACCUGAUGAGGCCAAAAUAUAUACUGUUCAAGUUUCUGAAUUAUGAUUUUGUUCACUUCCCUAGCCUGAUCUAGUCUGUAUUCAGAUCAUCCUUCUAGUUAUGUAUUUACAAAAUUAAACAGUUUUUCAAAUUCAUUAA